AUGCCGCCAAAAAAGCGGUCUGCAAGGACGCCAGCGGCUGCGUCGUCGGAAGCUGCUGCGGACGAUGCAUCUCCACCUUCGCCCGUCCAAGAUGCCAUGACUGCUGUGACGUCGCUAUUCCCCAUCACAUUGCCAUUUCCGGAUCCAGCUACGGACGACUCACUUAUACCGGAUGCCGAUAUCAUGCUCGAGCAAGAGCUGCUGCGCAACCCCGACAACUUCCGCUCAUGGUCUUCGUACAUCGAUCACAUCAUAGACACCAACGUAGUCAAACGACCGCCGCCGGACGUAUCGCUGUCUACCUACCAGGCGGGACUGUUGGGACCACUUGCGAGCAGUACCCAGCGCAUAGCACUGCGACGCAUCACGAGCAUAUACGAACGUGCAUUAGCUCAGUUUCCGACACGCUACUCGCUCUGGCGCGACUAUUUGCAGAAUCGAUCUCGCUUUGUACUUGGCGAGCCAAAAGGCGGCUUCGAGGCAAAGCGCAGACGCGACUUGCAGGCUGCUCGCGAGAAGCUCGACUUUGGACCCACCUUGCUCGACUCGGCUGAGGAUGAAGACUUUGGCUCCGCUUACAGAGGUGGCCUCGACGGCACCGUCGGUUGGCAAGAGUGGAAGAGCCUCGCAGCACUCUACGAACGAGCACUCAUGUGGCUGCCUACGAUGCCGCGGCUGUGGCUCAGCUACUUAUCCAUCUUCAUCCACCCACAAUGCCCGCCCAUUCUCUCUCACACUCAUGCGCGCCGCACCUUUGACCGUGCGCUAAGGACUCUGCCGGGAUCGCUUCAUCUGAGGAUUUGGAAAGUGUACCUCAAGUGGGCCGAGCGUCAAAGUGGAGAGACGUGUCUCAGAGUAUGGCGACGCUACCUCCGAGUCGAUCCCUCCCUUACAGAGCGCUACGUGUCGAUCUUAUUGGCACAGAAGGAGGACCAAGAAGUCGACGGCGACGAGCGAGAGGAUGGCGAAGACGACGGUAACCAAUCCAGCAGAGGCUCUGCGUCCAAAGCUCUGGAGGCAUCCAAGCUGCUCCUCGGGCUGGCCCGAAGCGCUGUGGACGGAUCGUACAUCAGUCCGGAAGGCAAAAGUCCUUUCCAACUCUUCGUCGAGUGGCUCGAGCUUACCGAAAAGUACCCAGAAGACAUCGGUCUCGGUCCGGAGGAGGAGAAGCGAUCCCUUCAAGACAGCAAUGUUUCAGCUUCCGUACCGGCAGCAGCGACAUCUCAAAACGGCACAUCAUCUGCUACCAGACGCGGUCAAGACAAGGCAAAAGCAGUUCGGGGCAGUGCAAAGGCGUCGUCGAGCAAGCCCGCUGAGACCGAUCCGCUCGACCCAAAUCGACUCAACGUCACGGCCAUCAUCCAGAAGGACGGUCUCGACAAGUUUACGGAUCAGUCGGGACGGCUAUGGACAGGUUUGGCGACCUACUGGAUCAAACGCGGCGAGUUCGAGGUGGCGCGCGAUACCUUUGAAGCUGGCAUCAAAGCGGUUAAGACGGUGCGCGACUUCACACAGAUCUUCGAUGCCUAUGCCGAGACGAGUGAGAACGUCAUUGCCUUCAUGAUGGAUGAGCUGGCUGAAGACGGAGGCGAAGAGCAAGUAGAGGACGACGAUGAUGGCGACGAGGAGCAGAGCAGGGACGAAAAGGAAGCCGAGCUCGAUCGCCGAAUGCAAGAGUUCGAAGAGCUGAUGGAACGCCGACCUUUCCUCGUCAACGAUGUCCUGCUUCGACGCAAUCCGGACGAUGUGCAAGAAUGGGAGAAGCGCGUGGUGCUCUAUGGCGACAAUGACGAAAAGAUCGUCGAUACGUACCGCGAGGCGAUUCAGAAGAUCAAUCCACGCAAAGCUACAGCCAACCUGCAUCAACUGUUCCUCAACUUUGCUCGCUUCUACGAAUACGGGGGAUCCGCGGGUCUCGCCCAACUGGCAGCGGAAGGCGCCGACGGUCAGGACGAAGAAGAGAAAGUGGAGCAGGUGGAAGGGGAUCUCGAGUCCGCACGGAAGAUCUUCGAGAAAGCGGUGACAAUACCUUUCCGCCGCGUGGACGACCUGGCAGAGAUCUGGUGCGAAUGGGCCGAGAUGGAGCUGAGGCAUUCCAACUACGAUGAAGCCAUCCGCACCAUGGCUCGCAGCGUAGCACCGCCUCGCAACACCAAAGGCAUCCAGUACCACGACGACACACUGCCACCGCAGACACGGCUGUUCAAAUCGCUCAAGCUGUGGAGCUUCUACGUCGAUCUGGAAGAGUCGCUGGGUGAUGUCGAGAGCACCAAGCGCGUCUACGAAAAGAUGCUCGAGCUCAAGAUCGCCAGCGCGCAGAUCAUAAUCAACUAUGCAGCGUUCUUAGAGGAUAACAAAUACUUUGAAGAGAGCUUCAAGGUGUACGAGCGCGGUGUCGAACUGUUCACCUACCCCGUUGCGUUCGAGAUCUGGAACGUUUACCUCAGCAAGUUUGUCAAGCGCUACGGCGGGGCCAAGCUGGAACGUGCGCGCGACUUGUUCGAGCAGGCGCUGGACAAGUGUCCCGCGCGCUUCUGCAAGCCGCUCAUGCUCAUGUAUGGUCGACUGGAGGAGGAGCACGGUCUGGCGAAAAGGGCGAUGAAGAUCUAUGAGCGCGCCACGCGAGCCGUUUCGACCGACGACCGCUUCGACAUGUACGUCUUCUACAUCGCUCAAGCGGCGGCGACGUUCGGGCUUGCUGCCACACGACCGAUCUACGAGCGCGCGAUCGAGUCGCUGCCGGAUCGGCAGACGGCCGAGAUGUGCUUGCGCUUCGCCGAGCUCGAACGCAAGCUGGGCGAGAUCGAUCGAGCACGAGCUAUCUACGCACACGCCUCGCAAUUCUGCGAUCCCCGCACGCACACGGAAUUCUGGAGGCAGUGGAACCAGUUCGAGAUCGAGACGGGAUCUGAGGAUACGUUCCGAGAGAUGUUGCGGAUCAAGCGCUCGGUGCAAGCACGGUUCAACACGGAUGUCUCGUACAUUGCCGCCUCGGCUGUGAGAUCCGCACAGCGCAACCAAGCAGCGCAAGCGCAGAGCGGUCGGCAGGAUCAGCGCAAUGGCGAUGUCACUGACAUCGAUGCGAACGCGAACGACCCUAUGGCUCGACUCGAAGCGGCCUCGAGGUCGACAGGGGCACGCCAGACGGCGUUCGUCGCUGCCAGCACGGCUGCUAGUGGCGCCCGCACCGCCGACACUGCCAAUGGAGAUGCCGAGAGGAACGACGAAGUGGUCGGUGGAGACGACGAGGACGACGACGAUCUUCUCUAG